UGAUUGUGACGACAGCGCAUUUUGAGUCAGAAUGUCUGAAAUAUCAACUGCGCAGGCAUCAUUCCCUUGAACCAUUCUUCCACAAUUCUCAGCGACCUCAAGAUCAGAUACAACGCCUUACAAGUGGUCACUGAACAUCAACUGCCACCUACGAAGAAUCACUGAAAAUCAUGGCCGAAGUGCAAGAAGCACCCCAAGCCCCUCACGAACGCAAGCCGCGCAAAUCCGUAGCCUUCAGCGGCGAAGACACAAUCAUGGACGAAGCCGGCGAGAUCUCAGAAGCGCCCACAAACACGGCGGAGGACCAACCCACAGCCGAGAAACACUCAUCCUCCCCCGAAGACAAAGCCGUCGAUGAAGUGACCGACAUGUUCGCUGGACUCAACAAGAAAAAGAAGAAAUCCUCCAAACCCAAGAUCGAAGAUGGUGCGACCGCCGAUGCAGAUGCCCCAGCCCCUGUCGACGCCGAAUUCGACCCGACAGCCUUGAAAAAGAAAAAGAAGAAGUCCACCAAGAAAGUCGACGGCGAGGACUUUGCAGCCAAGCUAGCAAGCGCCGGUCUUGAUGGCCCCGGUGAAGAUGGCGAGCAGCCGUCCACAACAGAAGAACAACAAUCAGGCGACAUGACCGCCGGCACGGGCAUCUGGUCGCACGACUCCGGCGCCCCAAUCUCCUACGAUCUCCUCCUCAAGCGCUUCUUCCAACUGGUCAACGAACACAACCCAGACAUUCUGUCGUCGGGCAGCAAAUCAUACAAGAUCCCUCCGCCGCAGUGUCUGCGUGAAGGCAACAAGAAGACCAUUUUCGCCAACAUCGCUGAGAUCUGCAAACGCAUGAACCGGAACGACGAGCACGUCACGCAGUUUUUGUUCGCUGAAUUGGGUACCUCGGGUUCCGUCGACGGCAGCAAGCGUCUGGUCAUCAAGGGUCGAUUCCAACAGAAACAGAUCGAGAACGUGCUGAGACGGUAUAUCGUCGAGUACGUGACGUGCAAGACGUGCCGGUCGCCCAAUACAGAGUUGUCCAAGGGAGAGAACAGAUUAUAUUUCGUCACGUGCAACUCUUGCGGUUCAAGGAGAUCGGUCACGGCCAUCAAGUCUGGUUUCACGGCACAAGUCGGCAAACGUAAGAGGAUGCAAGGUUAGAAGUGUGUAUGUGUAUAUGUGGCUCGGAGUGGAUGAUAUGUGGAACAGACGGAUUGUAGAGGCAACGAUCCUCAAGAUCACAUCUGUCUUGGAGAAGAAGAGGUUCGCUGUUACUACGACUCAUUGGGAGUCACGUUCCCGAGCCGGCCUCAAAUAUGGUUAUUAGCAUCAUGCAGGAACGAAGAGCGAGACCUCAAACAAUCAAUGAAUAAGAAUUGUCUCUGAAACGCCA